CUGAGUCCAAAGUUCGAAGAUAAACAUAUAAAGUUUGUUUUUGAACUUGUCACAUUUAUGAUUUAGUAUUUUAGAUUUUAGUAAUAUUUCAUGAAAUUAAUGAAUGAUGAGGAUGCAAUGAAAAGUGAUAACUACCAAAUCACCACUAAGCACUACCUAAAAAUUUUGUAUUUUGGGCUCUUCAGUUUAAAGUUCAUCUAAAUUUUUACAGGCUCUGCUCCUACUCUAGUUAUCUCUUCUGCACUAAACAUGUGGACGGUUUCUUUCCCACUGAUAAUAACAAUACUUUUCCUUGCUCUUCAAGAUGUAUACAGUGAGAAUGAGAAAAAGGCUAAAGAAUUCAUCCCAACACAUGACUGGCAAAUUGUUGAAAAAGGUCAAAAAAUUCCAAAAGGACUUCACAUAAGAGUCAAUUUUGCCACAGGGAAAACUGAAGCCAAAAUGUUAAAUGAAAAGGAAAAACCCAAUAAAGAAAAUGCUCUAGUAGAAAUGCCGGUAGACUAUGAAACAGAAAGUCUUUUGGAUACAGAAGUUAUAAAAGAAGCUUUAAAAAAAAUAAAAAAUGAUGAAUAUACUGAACACAAAGAUUACAGGAAAACUAGCAAUUUUCGAAGUUACGAACAAAUUAAAGAAGAUUUGUCAGACUUGAAUCUCACUGCUAAAGUUGACACUGAAGUUGUAAAAGAGCUUUUUGACCAGUAUAAGAGAGAAAUAGAAAAGAUUAAUUUAAAUGAGCAUGCUAUAUUAAGAAUACUUGAGGAUUUCGACUUUUUGGCACAUCAGUUUGAUAAUGGAUUAGAAUUUGUCAGACAAAAUGGGUUUAAUGUUAUUAUUUACAGAAAUCUCAAUCUCACCAGUGAUAAAAUCAAAGAAGAAACUUUGAAACUUUUUGGAUCACUGGUGCAAAAUAACGCAAAAGUGCAAAUCCAUGCCUUAGAAACUGGAAGUAUACCGAUUAUUUUAAGAACUUUGAAUCUAGAAUCAUCAUCCCAAGUAAAAAGUCGAGGAGUUUUUGCUCUCAGUUGUUUACUUAGAAGAUUUCCAUUAGCCCAGUUUCAUUUUAUUCAAAACGGUGGACUCUUUAUUGUAACCAAAUUAUUGACUGAGGAGUAUCCACUCAAAAUUCAAGUCAAGUUGGUAACACUAAUGAAUGAUUUACUUUUGGAAAACUUACAUGCCCUAAAAGGUACUUCUGAGGAGAAUAGAAAUAUUUUGAUAGGACAGUAUAAACUUGUUAACCUAGAAAAUUUAUUACUGGAACAGAAUUGGUGCAAGUUUUUGAAUAAACUUUUAGUUACAAUAGUAACAACCGAUCCAGAGAAUCAUGAUAUAAUAGAUAAAUGUUUGACUUCAAUGCACACAAUAGCAAAAAAAUGUAUUGGAUCAUUCCACGAAGAACUUUUAUUGAAAUUGAAGAAGAGGUAUGAAAUUUUGUCAAAGGAAAAUUUAGAAGAAAGUGGGAGUGAUAAUUCAGAUUUCUUUUCAAACAUUUAUAAAUUAUGCAGCGAAAUCUUACAUUUAGUAAAUAUCAAGACUGAAUUGUGAUAAGGAAAUGAAACAUUUAAAUAAUAUAAUUGUUUUUUUACUA